CCUCCCUUUGCCAACGCCUGGUAAUUGGGUUAGGCUGAGCCGGGAGGGAUCCUUGUACGUUGUAGCCUCAUUCUCCGGGCUGUCUCCUCUCCCCCCCUCUCUUUCCAGCGCCGGCCAGCGGCUCGCACGGUGAGGAGGAGCGGUGCAAGGUUUCUCUGCCUGCUUGUGCUUUGCUGCCACCUAAAACUCCUCACUUGAUCCCCAUCCCAACUGUCCUUUCACCAGGGUUUUGUUUCUCCUCCUCUUUGCGCUUAAACACACUCAAGCCAUGGCAGACAGAACCGAUAUGAUCCAGAAGGCCAAACUGGCAGAACAAGCAGAGCGUUACGAUGAUAUGGCGGCCAACAUGAAGGCUGUGACGGAAUGCGGAGACGAGUUGUCCAACGAAGAAAGGAACCUUCUUUCCGUGGCCUACAAGAACGUGGUUGGUGCGCGGAGAUCCGCUUGGAGGGUCGUCUCCAGUAUUGAGCAGAAGACUGAGAGCUCGGAUAAGAAGCAGCAGCUGGUCAAAGAGUACAGGGAGAAAAUAGAGAGUGAGCUCAAGUCUAUAUGUGAAACUGUUCUGACUCUGCUUGACCAGUUCCUGAUCCUCAAAUCGACCCAAGCGGAGAGCCAAGUGUUUUACCUGAAGAUGAAGGGGGACUACUACCGAUAUCUGGCAGAGGUGGCCAGUGGAGAAGACAGAAGCCGUACAAUUCAAGACUCUCAAGAAGCUUACCAGGAAGCAUUCGACAUCAGCAAGCAGAAAAUGCAGCCAACUCAUCCCAUCCGCUUGGGUUUGGCCCUGAAUUUUUCAGUCUUCUACUAUGAAAUUCUUAAUAGUCCAGAAAAGGCCUGUUCACUAGCCAAGACCGCAUUUGAUGAAGCAAUUGCAGAGCUUGACACCCUCAACGAAGAAUCCUACAAAGACAGCACCCUUAUCAUGCAAUUGCUUAGAGACAACCUAACAUUAUGGACCUCGGACGCUGCAGGAGAAGAAAACGACGCAGGGGAGCAAGCCGAAAAUAACUAACUCAUGCAGCAGGCACCUGUCCCUUUUUACACGUCUCCAUUCCUAAUCGCUCCACAUGGAUUUUCUAUAGCACAGAAAGUCCAUCCAUGUGUAACGGAAAUAAGGUUUAUAGUCUCUUCACACUGCAGCUUUGGGAGAACUCCAUUCCCCCUUUUUUUUUUUUUUUUCUUUUUUUUUUUCCCCUCAUGUUUUUGUGCGGUUACUGCUGUAGAGAAGUAUUAAUGGUUUCACCUCAUGUAAAAAAGAAAUUUAAGAGAAAUAUGCACAUAAGUUUCUAUCAAACUCUUAUGUUGGAGAACUUUCUAGUAUUUAAAUUUAAAAAAAAUGGAAAAAAAAUUGGAACCACCAGUUUCUGCAAAAGACUUUCUGUGUAUUAUAAUGUAAAAUGUAUGAAAGAAAUGUAGUUAACUGCUAACAGCCUAACUGGGUUGUAUUGAUUAUAAUUUUCCCUGAAAUAUCACUUGUUUUGUUGCAUAAAUAUUUUCUUUAUCUGAAAAUCCUUUAUUCUAUUCCCCCCCCCUACACCUUUUAUAAAUGUCCAAAUUGUGUGUCCUGGGGUGGUAAAGGUCCUUUGCAAAUUUGGGGUGCACUUACAGAAUUAAAUAGCUGGCAGAAUAUAACCUAUUCUACCUAGCAACCACUGGAUCAUUGCAUCGGAGGCUGUGGAUAACAAAUAUGGAAUUCUCUAAUAUUUUAUUCUUUUUGCUGCUGUUCAGUUGACAAACCUCUGCCUACUCCAAUAAAUCUUCAUUACACUCCUGG